AAGAUACUGAGUACCAAAAAUCAAUUAUAGAACUGCGUGUCGCGCGCGAGUCUAUCUACCUACCUAUCUAUCUAUCUAUCUAUCUAUCAAGGGUCUGGGUGAUCAGCGCCUCGAAGGACCCUGGCGGGAUCUACUGAGCCAUCAUCUGCGCAUCGAAAAUAUCGACGACGGGCAGCCGCUCGACCCCCGGAACAGCAUCUCGGGCGCGGCCGUCGAGCAGAGACGGACGAGCGAUGGCGAUGCGGCGCAGCCCGGCGUGCGGCGUGCGGCGUACGCCGUACACUGCGCAUCGAGGGCGAUGAUGCAUGAUGAGGCAUGGUAGCGUCUGGCGGGACGUUCCCGACGGCUGUGGUCUGCGCGACCGUCAUGCACGGCGGACCUUCUGUGCUCCGUGCUCUGUGAUGCAUCGAUAUCGGACCGUUUGUUGAGGAUGGGGACUGGAUGGGCGAUGUGCGAUGGGAUUGGAAUGGAAUGGGGCUUGCAGUCGAUCUCGAUCUCGGGUCUGGAGGGCAUCGGAGUUGGCGCAGGGGCAGGGCGCGAGGGCGCGUCGCGUCGGCCGGCUCCUUCCCCGGGCCUGGAGGCGCGGCUUUGUAGUAGAGCGGUGCCGCGCGCGUGUGGGCACGGAUGACGAGGGCGCACUUAUGGCUGUGCGCGGCGCUCACUCACCCGUGGCGGCGGGGAUGCCUCCGUCCAGCCACAUUCGAAGGUACGCCGAGCCCACGAGACUCCCGGCGCGUAGACAUCUCGACGCAUCCCCGCGCGCAGAGGCUCCGGUCAGACCGACCUCGUUCUCGUUCCCGCGCGACGAUCAGGACCCGGGGCCAUCCCCGCGCACAUAUGCACAACGCGACAUCGCCACGAUCCAAGGCGACGUGUGCAUGUGCAGUACAUGUACUAAGUAUGUACUAUCACUGUAGCGGUCUGCAAGCCGGCAUCUAAGCUCGCGGCGCAGGAUCUGUGGCGCGGUUGCUAGGCGACGGGACGCAGAGGAGGGAAAGAAAACUAAAGAAAGGGGAAAGGCAGGGCGUCAGAUGCGCCGCGCCAGGCGUGGGGAUGAAACACGCCGGGCGGGGACGACGAUGGGGUGGGCUGGGGUGGGAUACAGGUG